GCUGCCUGGCAGAGAGGAGAGAGACGCUUGCGAAACACGAACGGAAUGUAGCCGACUUAAUAGAAUGGCGAUGGUUAUAAUGACUCGCGCGCGGCACCAAGUCCGUUCCGGCGGGCGGGUGUUGCGUCCGUCCUCCCGGCGGCCGUUGGGACUGGUUUUUCGCCAUACCCGCCGACGGCCGCGGCGAGGUCGAUAGCUGGCGGAGAGAAGUCGCGAGGGCCGCCAAAUGGGCCGACCUGACCUCGCGGGCGCGCACGCCAUCGACACCUGAUCGACUCCGGCCCGACUUUCCAGCAGGGCCGUCGCGCGCGCGCAGAGAGAGAUUGGGCGGACAGCCAAAGGGCCGCAGCGUGCCAGUGCCUCCUCGUGCUUUCCACCAAGUUGCCACGCAGUUUCAAGCUACCCAGUAUAUCAGUUUAGCACGCCACCCAGUGCAAGCCCGUUAGAGCUCGGCGCCCCCUCCAGUGUGAGUUCCAGGCGGAGGCUCGCUCCGCCUACCAGGCAGGCGCCGCCCGGCGCCUCUCCGCAUUUCUCUACUUCUGUCGGCGAGUCGAGGGGGCCCAACAAGCCCCGCCAUCAUGCCCGGCCGGCCCGCCGAGACGGCACCUGCGAGCGGCCGGGGCCCGGCAUACCACCUGCCCGGACGGAGGGGGGCCGGCGCGCGCGGUUCUCAGCGUGUGUUGCCGGGGGCGUGGCCGAUCAAUCUGAGGGGGCAGGCUCCGGCAGCGAAGCCCCGGAGCCCGCCAGCGUGUGGCGCGCCAGCUUCUUUCUUCGCGCUGGUUUGCAACUCUAGCGCGUAUGGCGGAGUGGCGCGCGUUUGGCUUACCAUUGCCAGCUACCCUGCCUGCUCGUGCGGCCAGGGUUAUAUUCGUUGACUACCUAUGGCCAUUUGCUGCCUGCGCCGCUGCAAUCAUUUUUAUUUUGUUUCAGCGUUAUCCUUGGAGGCGCCCCC